GCUGAACUUUCAACUGUUUAAAGAUUUGGAAGAAGAAGAAUAGCCUUAAAAAUUGAUGUAUUUAGGACUUUUAAUUUAAAAUGAUUUCAACAAAGUUAAUGCAAGUUAAGUCAUUAUGUUCUUAUACUUGUUUAAGAAAACUAUCAGCUGUAUCUCCCAAAGAAAAGCAAGUUACAAAAGAAGAUCCUGUCCUUAAUCAUCCAGAUUAUUUUAAUGUUCAUAACUUAUUUACGGUAAAAGAUUUAUUUGAUGCAAGAGUUCACUAUGGUCACAGAGAUGGUUCCUUGGACGAAAGAAUGUUACCUUAUGUAUAUGGUAGUCGUUUAGGGCAUGUUAUAUUUGAUUUGGAUAAAACUGCUGAAUACUUAAGAAUGGCACUUAAUAUAACAGCUCAUGUUGCAUAUAGAGAUGGUUUAAUUUUGCUGUUCUAUAGAGGAUCACAGAAUUCACACAUUGUUGAAAAAACAGCCAAAGAUUGUGGAGAAUUUGCACACACUAGAUUUUGGAGAGGUGGAAUUUUUACAAAUGCAAACAAGCAGUUUGGUGCUAUAACAAGAUUACCUGAUUUGUGUAUAUUUUUUAAUACUUUAAAUAAUGUUUUAACCCAACAUACAGCCAUAAGAGAUUCUGCAAAGAUGUCCAUUGCUACUAUAGGAGUCGUGGAUUCCAAUUGUAAUCCUAACCUAAUAACAUACCCAGUCCCUGGAAAUGAUGAUAGUCCAACUGCCGUAGAACUUUAUUGUAAAUUAUUUAAACAGGCAAUUUUAAGAGGAAAAGAAAAGAGGAAGGAACAUGAAAGUCAUAAAUAGUAUUGUUUGUGUUUAUUGUAAUAAAGUUUAAAACAAUUGUUUGUGGAUUCCAAUUGUAAUCCUAAUCUAAUAAUAUAU